CAGGAGGGUGGCAGAGCAAAGGAGGAAUGGACUGUGGGCCACCUGCAACCCUCCAGCCGCACCUGGCUGGACCACCUGGCUCUGCCCGCCGCCCAGUAGCAGUGUGCCAGCAGGAAAGCCUGUCCUUUGUGGAACUGCCCACCCUGCAUCCUCCGAGCCCAGUGUGCGUGGACCUUUUUCCCAUUGCUCCAGAGGAGCUGCAGGCUCCUGGCAGCCGUUGGUCCUUGGCAACCCCUGCCCCUCUCCAAGGACUGUUAUGGCCACCAUCCCCAGGAGGCCCAGAUACCCAUAUCUCCACCAGUGGAGGAAUGAGACCCAGCAGGGCUGGCAGCUGGCCCCACUGCCCUGGUGCCCAGCCCCCAACUCUGGUGGGACCCUGGAGCUCUCAACACAUGCAGCCUCAGCGCAGGGCCAGCCACGGUGGCUCAGAGAAGAAGUCAGCCUGGCGCAAGAUCCAAGUGUAUCAUAAUGAAGAGGCCACUGGUGGCACCGAGAUCCCCACGGGCCUUCUGGAGACUGGUCAGGCUGCACAAGAGCAGGCUCUGUGUGUGGAAGAGCCCAGGUCACAGGAGCUUUCUGGAAACACCAGAGGGGGCCUUGAGGCUCAGGAGCGAAGGAGAUUCUCAGCCUCCGAACUUAUGACAAGGCUGCACUCAUCUCUGCGCCUGGGGCGCACGGCCAGCAGGGCUCUGACCUCAGGAAUCACCCGGGAAGGGAAACUGCCUGUGAGGGAUUCUCGAAGAGCAGAGAUGAGGAUGGACAGCGUGUCGCUGCCAGCACCUGUCGACCCAAAUGAGGUCCAUGGUGGUCUCCUGGAACCCAGGCUGGAUACGCACGAAAAGCCUUCUCAGGAUCCCAGCAGCGCCACCGAGCGGCGCCAGUCCCGCUUCCUCCUUAACUCUGUCCUCUACCAGGAGUACAGCGACGUGGCCAGCGCGCGCGAGUUGCGACGGCAGCAGCGCGAGGAGGAGGGCCCCGGGGACGGGGCGGAGGGCGCGGAGGAGGGGCCCGGGCCACCGCGCGCCAACCUUUCCCCGAGCAGCUCCUUCCGCGCGCAGCGCUCGGCCCGAGGCUCCACCUUCUCGCUAUGGCAGGAUAUCCCCGACGUGCGCGGCAGCGGCGUCCUGGCCACGCUGAGCCUGCGCGACUGCAAACUGCAGGAGGCCAAAUUUGAGCUGAUCACCUCGGAGGCCUCCUACAUCCAUAGCCUGUCGGUGGCCGUAGGCCACUUCUUAGGCUCCAUGGAGCUGAGCGAGUGUCUAGGGACUCAGGACAAGCAGUGGCUAUUUUCCAAACUGCCCGAGGUCAAGAGCACCAGUGAGAGGUUUCUCCACGAUCUGGAACAGCGUCUGGAAGCCGACGUGCUGGGCUUCAGCGUGUGCGAUGUGGUUCUGCAGCAUUGCCCUGCCUUCCGCCGGGUCUACCUGCCCUAUGUCACCAACCAGGCCUACCAGGAGCGCACCUACCAGCGCCUGCUCCUAGAGAACCCCAAGUUCCCUGGCAUCCUGGCUCGCCUAGAAGAGUCUCCUGUGUGCCAGCGGCUGCCUCUCACCUCCUUCCUCAUCUUACCUUUCCAGAGGGUCACCCGCCUCAAGAUGCUGGUGGAGAACAUCUUGAAGCGGACGGCUCCAGGCUCCCAAGACGAGGACAUGGCCACCAAGGCCUUCAGUGCACUCAAGGAGCUGGUUCAGGAAUGCAACUCCAGUGUGCAGUCCAUGAAGAGGACUGAGGAACUCAUUCACCUGAGUAAGAAGAUCCACUUCGAGGGCAAGAUCUUUCCACUGAUCUCACAGGCCCGCUGGCUGGUGCGGCACGGGGAGCUGGUGGAGUUGGCUCCCUUGCCCGCUGCGCCACCCGCCAAGCUGAAGCUGUCCAGCAAGGCCGUGUACCUUCACCUUUUCAAUGACUGCUUGCUACUGUCCCGGAGGAAAGAGCUCGGGAAGUUUGCUGUUUUCGUCCAUGCCAAUAUGGCUGAGCUGCAGGUUCGAGACCUGAGCCUGAAGCUGCAGGGCAUCCCAGGUCACGUGUUCCUGCUCCGGCUGCUGCACGGGCAGCAUGCCAGGCACCAGCUACUCUUGAGAGCACGAACUGAAAGUGAGAAGCAACGGUGGAUCUCAGCCUUGCGUCCAUCCAGCCCCCAGGAGGACAAGCAGGUCAUCUGUGAUGGAGAAGACUGCCCCCAGGUCCAAUGUGUGAGGACCUACAAGGCUCUGCAGCCGGAUGAGUUGACCUUGGAGAAGACAGACAUCCUGGCCGUGAAGACCUGGACCAGUGAUGGCUGGCUGGAGGGUGUGCGCCUGGCCGAUGGUGAGAAGGGGUGGGUGCCACAGGCCCACGUGGAGGAGAUCAGCAGCCUCAGCGCUCGACUUCGAAACCUCCGAGAGAACAAGAGAGUCACCAAUGCCAGCAGCAAGCUGGGGGACCCGCCUGCCUGAUGCUCCCCUGAGGCCCAGCUGGGUCCACUCCCAUGCUGGGAGCUUCUGUGUGUCUGGGGGCUUCUCUGUAGGCGCUGGGUGGUAACAGUUCUGUAAACACACCCUGGCUGCCUCUGCUUGAUGUCUGAUCCCAGGGCCU